CUUUUCAAGUGUUUCAAAUGACCUCCAUCCGUUAUAGCUAUUUGCCCUCUCCGCCUUAGUCAGCUCAAAUCCCGAUUUCUCCGCUUCUUCUUUUCUGAUAAUCGAUAGGCUGGUGGAGACUGGAGGGACACUGGAAUCUCAGCUGAAGACAUGGAAGAAGAGAAGGGAGUGGUGAUCCAGAAGCUGAUUGACAUGGUUAAUGAGAUCUCUACAAUCUCCGACUACAGAUGUGCCAUCAAGAAGCAGUUUUGCAACCUAGCUAGGCGAUUGAAGCUCUUAUUGCCUAUGUUCGAAGAGCUCAGGGACAGCAAAGACCCCUUUCCUGAGGACACUCUCAUUCCCCUCACGUCUUUGAAGGAGGCCCUGGAAUCAACUAAGGAGCUCCUCCGAUCGGGUAGUCAAGGGAGCAAAAUUCAUUUGGUCCUGGAAAGGGAGCAAAUAAUGAACCAAUUCCAGGAAGUGACAGCUUGGCUGGAGCAAGCUCUGAGCGGAAUUUCCUAUGACAAACUCGAGAUAUCAGAUGAAGUUAGGGAGCAGGUUGAGCUAGUGCUAGCUCAGUUUAGAAGAGCCAAAGGACGGGUUGAUGCACCUGAUGUUGAGCUUUAUGAAGAUUUAUUAUCUGUUUACAUCAGAAGCAGUGAUGCAGACGUUGAUCCGGCUGUGCUUAGGAGAUUAGCUGAAAAGUUACAGUUGAUGGGCAUAAAUGACCUCAAACAAGAGUCUCUGGCUUUGCAUGAGAUGGUUGUCUCCAAUGCUGGAGAUCCUGGGGAGAGCAUAGAAAAGAUGUCGAUGCUACUAAAGAAGAUUAAGGAUUUUGUGCUGACUGAAAACCCUGACAUGGGAGCUCCUGAAAGUUUAAAUUGUCCAUCAAGUGGCAAUACACAACCAUUGGCUGAUGGGAAUCCAAAAUCUCUUGUCAUACCAGAUGAUUUCCGCUGUCCGAUAUCCCUGGAGUUGAUGAAAGAUCCAGUUAUUGUAUCCACAGGACAGACCUAUGAGCGAUCAUUCAUUGAGAAAUGGCUUGAAGCGGGUCAUCUCACGUGUCCAAAGACACAACAGAACCUUUCUAGUGCUUCCUUGACACCCAACUACGUCUUGCGUAGCCUCAUAGCUCAGUGGUGCGAGGCUAAUGGGAUAGAACCACCUAAACGACCUAGCAAUUCACGCCCCAGUAAGACCACCUCUGUCUGCUCACCUGCUGAAUGUGCGAAGAUUGAUAUUCUCCUUCGCAAACUGACUUCUGGCAACCUUGAGGACCGGAGAUCAGCUGCAGGUGAGCUACGCCUUCUUGCCAAGCGCAAUGCUGACAACCGUGUGUGCAUUGCUGAGGCUGGUGCCAUUCCCCUCCUUGUUGGCCUCCUCUCGACUUCUGACCCUCGCACUCAGGAGCAUGCUGUCACUGCCCUUCUGAACCUUUCCAUUUGUGAGGAUAACAAAGGGCGCAUCGUAUCUUCUGGGGCUGUCCCUGCCAUUGUACAUGUGCUCCGGAAAGGCAGCAUGGAGGCACGGGAAAAUGCAGCAGCCACACUAUUCAGCCUUUCUGUGGUGGAUGAAAACAAGGUGACAAUUGGUUCAUCAGGGGCAAUACCAGCACUUGUGACGCUGCUUAAUGAAGGUAGCCAACGGGGAAAGAAGGAUGCAGCAACAGCCCUAUUCAAUCUGUGCAUAUACCAAGGGAACAAGGGAAGGGCAGUGCGGGCUGGAGUAGUGCCAACACUGAUGAGACUGCUGACCGAACCUGGAGGUGGAAUGGUAGAUGAAGCAUUGGCCAUACUAGCUAUACUGGCAAGCCAUCCCGAGGGGAAGGCAGCAAUAGGAGCUGCAGAAGCUGUGCCUGUCUUGGUUGAGGUGAUAGGGAGUGGGUCACCGAGGAACAGGGAGAAUGCAGCAGCAGUGUUAGUGCACUUGUGCUCAGGGGACCAACAGUAUCUAGCAAAGGCUCAGGAGGUUGGUGUGAUGGGUCCCUUAACAGAUUUGGCACAGAAUGGAACAGAGAGAGGCAAGCGAAAGGCUGCACAAUUGCUUGAGCGUAUGAGCAGAUUUUUUGAGCAGCAGGAGGCUCAGGCACAGGCACAGGCACAGGCACAGGGUCAGCUGGAAGCCGAGGUCCAAGGUCAGGCUCCUAACCAACAAACACAGGUGCCACCUACAGCAAGUGGUGUUGAUAGAUGAGUAUGUAGUUUAUAGUCUUCAUUUUCGCUUGGUUUCUUUGUCAAGAGAAACAAAAGAAGCCGUUGCUUUGUCCAGGGGAAAAGCCGGAAAGGUGGAAGAUCACCUGUCCAGCCACUGAGGUAUUUGUUUUUUUGUUUUUUUCUUUUUUUGGUGUGGUCGUGGGAAUUGGGAAUUACACGUUCGAGAGAGGAAAAUUUAAGAGCCAUCCAAAGAAGAGAAAGGCAAGAAUGCUAUUUGGCAUAUGAGACGUUCUGAUGUAGAAGGCUGAAAUGCAAUUGGCAUAAAUGUGUAACCUAUUGAUGUAAAAUGUACUACAGUAAACACAUUAGUUUUUUGGAAAGAGAACUCUUGAUCCACAA